ACAGUUUAAUUGUGGACGCGCUAUUUCAACUGAACGGUGAAUUAAAUUCGGGAAAAAAUAACUGAAAAAAAGUAACGGUCGACUAUAUAAUAUAAAAAAAAAGAAAUUAGUGAAAAAGUAUUCAACUAGUGGAAAAAUACAAAAAAACACUAUAUUUUAUUAUAUUUUAGUGUUUUAAUAAAUUAAUAGAAAAAUCAAAUAUUGCGCAAAAUUAAAAAAAAAAAUUAAAACCAGUGUUUAAAAUUUUGUAAUCAAAAAAAUUAACAGUUUUUUAAAAUGGCUUUAGAAAUGCUAAAAGAUCCCAAUCUAAUAUCUCCCGGCAGUGUUUUUUAUUUUUUAUUAUUGCCCACUAUUUUAUUGUGGUUUCUGUACUGGCGAUUAUCUCGGCGACAUUUAUACGAAUUGGCCGAUAAAUUACCAGGACCCAAAGGAUUACCAAUAGUGGGUCAUUUAUUCGAUGUGUUGGGACCAGCUUCGUCUGUUUUCAAAACUGUUAUACGUAAAAGUGCUGAGUUUCCUCACGUGGCCAAAAUGUGGAUUGGUCCGAAAUUGGUGAUAUUUAUAUAUGACCCCAGAGAUGUUGAAAUAUUACUAAGCAGUCAGGUAUAUAUAGACAAAGCAUCCGAAUAUAAGUUUUUCAAACCAUGGCUAGGAGAUGGUUUACUGAUUAGUACGGGUCACAAAUGGCGUUCACAUCGUAAAUUGAUUGCACCCACAUUCCACUUAAACGUUUUGAAAAGUUUCAUUGAUCUUUUCAAUGAAAAUUCACGCAAUGUAGUGCGUAAACUGCAGGCAGAAAAUGGUAAAACUUUCGAUUGUCAUGAUUAUAUGAGUGAGGCAACGGUUGAAAUUUUAUUGGAAACUGCCAUGGGAGUUUCGCGAAAAACUCAAGAUAAAUCCGGUUAUGAAUACGCCUUGGCUGUAAUGAAAAUGUGCGAUAUUCUGCACAUGAGACAUCGUAGUCUCUUUUUAAGAAGUGAAUUUCUCUUCACACUUACCAGAUACUAUCAGGAUCAAGGAAAACUAUUAAAUAUUAUACAUGGUCUUACGAAAAAAGUCAUCAAAAAUAAAAAAGAAGCCUUCACCAAAGGCACCAGAGGUUCCCUAGCCCAAUACGAAUGGACUAAAGAUGGUGAAUUGAUAACGGAAAGUCUCAAAUCAAAUGGUGUUAAUGGUAAAAACGAAAAAGUUACUUCUGUUGAGGGUUUAUCAUUUGGUCAAGCUGAGGGUUUAAAAGAUGACUUGGAUGUGGAAGAUAACGAUGUGGGCGAAAAGAAAAGAUUGGCAUUUUUGGACUUACUAUUGGAGAGUGCUCAAAAUGGUGCCGCCAUAACAGAUACCGAAAUCAAAGAACAAGUAGAUACGAUAAUGUUUGAAGGUCAUGAUACCACAGCAGCUGGCUCAUCAUUCUUCUUAUCGCUUAUGGGUAUACAUCAGCAUAUACAAGAUAGAGUUAUAGCUGAAUUGGAUGAAAUAUUCCAGGGUUCUGAUAGAUCUUGUACAUUCCAAGAUACUCUAGAAAUGAAAUAUUUAGAAAGAUGUUUAAUGGAAACCCUAAGAAUGUAUCCACCAGUACCACUUAUAGCCCGAGAAUUGCAGGAGGAUUUAAAAUUGGUUUCAAAUAAUUAUGUUAUACCCAAGGGAGCCACUAUAACAGUGGCCACUAUUAAAUUACAUCGCAAUCCUUUGGUCUAUGAAAAUCCCAAUGUUUUUAAUCCCGAUAACUUUUUACCCGAACGUCAAGCCAAUCGUCAUUAUUAUGCCUUUGUACCAUUUUCAGCUGGACCCAGAAGUUGUGUGGGUCGUAAAUAUGCCAUGUUAAAAUUGAAAAUACUUUUAUCGACCAUUUUACGCAACUAUCGUGUCUAUUCGGAUAUGACUGAGGAGGAUUUCAAAUUACAGGCCGAUAUUAUUUUAAAACGGGAAGAAGGCUUUCGUAUACGUUUACAGCCUCGCCGACCUAACACCACCACCAAUUUGUCUAAUACUACUUCAUCUAGUUCCACUGUUUAAUAAUUUUUAUUUUAUUGUUUUCUGUCUAUAUUUCACAACAAUUUCAAGAUUUUAUUAUAUUUUAUGUAUUUUUUUCUACUUAAUUUUGUAAUAUUUUAUUAAAUGUAACAUAUUGCAAUAUUUUUUUAUAAUUUUAUGUUUCUGCAUUUAUUUAAGAAUUGAUUUUUUUGGGGGAAAAAUUAUAGAAAUUUCAUUGUUUUAAUUUAAGUUUUAUAAAUACGUAUGUAACUAUGUAUAUUAGUGUAUAAAUGUCUAAUAAAGAAAAACACUUGUUGUAAC